AAUUGUGCAUCCCAUCAAACGUAAAUAUUCUUGCAUUGCGAGGCAAUUCGAUGGAGGUUUUGGCAGCAAAUAAUUUGUCACGGUCCCUUCCAACUCCAUUCAAUAUGCUAAGAAAAUUAGCCAUCCAAGUAAAUUUGAAAUAUCAAAGGCAAGCCUACGUUGUCAUGCUACUACUCAAAAGAUGCCCUUACCUGCAGGAAUUGUAUGUCGCGCUCCAUGGCAUGGAUACACAUUAUUUGGAAGAACCCUAUCCUGAAUAUUCGGACAUUGACGAGCCCUUUUGCUGUCUAGACGCAUGCUUGGAGGAAGUAUGGUUGAGCAAUUUCAUGGGUUUUGAUUGCGAGGUGGAGUUUGCAAAAUUUAUCAUAGCAAAUGCUGGAGUGCUCAAGAGAAUAACUAUUCUAGGGAAUGUCCGUGACGAUCUCAAAGCUGCCUUAGAAUCAAUACAAAAGGCUUCUUCAUAUGCAUGUAUAAAUUUUAAAUUUUGACAUUUGGAAA